GCCCGGCUCCCGCCCCUUCCCGCCGGGCUCCCGCCCCUUCCCUUCCCUGCCCUCCGUGCCGGGCCAUGUCCUCCGCGGCCGUGCUGCGGGUGCGGCGGAAGCGCGGCGGCCCCGAGCCGGCCGAGGCGCUGCUCCUCGCCUGCAAGCGGCGGCGCGAGGAGCCGCCGGAGCGGAGCCUCUUCAAGCUGGUGGCGACCGUGUCCUCCAAGAAUGAACCAGUUCAGAAGUACGUUAAGGAUGCCAUCACACGGGACAGAGCAGCUCAGAGCCUGCAGCCCCCUGUGGGAAGCACUCAGCGGAUCCUCCAGGAGCUCCAGCCCCCUGUGGGAAGCACGCAGCGGAUCCUCCAGGAGCUCCAGCCCCCUGUGGGAAGCACGCAGCGGAUCCUCCAGGAGCUCCGCUCCUCCAGGCAGGAGAGGAGGAAGGAGAACCGGUACCGUGUCAUAGCCAGCCACCGACCCACCUGUGCUGAGACAGCCGUGCCUGCCACAGGGGCUGGGGCUGACACGGAUGGGCACGGGGCAGGCUCUGGAGCACAGCAAGAUGCUUCACAAGAGGAGAGCGGUGCUGCUGAUAAGAGUUCGGACUGCUGUGGGAAAUUCCAGUUGUUUGAUAUUGUCCAAGAAGAGGAGAUGGUGGGAGACUGCAGCGUAACCUUUGCCAACCCCCAGAAGAUUGAUCCAGAUGUGAUUCUUUGCAAUGCAGUAGAGAUGAUCCGUGAGCGUUUAAAUGUUUCUGAAGAUGCUAAAAAGCACUGUGAGAAGGAAGAUGAGUAUGUUUAUGACAUCUACUAUAAGGAAACAUCAGCCCCUGGUUGGAUCGAAAAUAUCCUUUCUGUACAGCCCUACAGAGAAGAAUAUGAAUGGGUAAAUGAUGAUCCUGUUCCAGAGGAAGUGUAUGAAGAUGAAGAUGAUGAAAAUGAUGAAAAUAACUGGCGGAAUGAUUAUCCCGAAGAAGAUGAAUUCUUACCCGAGGAAGAUGGAGAAAAAGAGCCUGAAGAGAGCUCUAGUGAUGAGGAGCAAUAUUACAGGAGAAGAACGUGGGACAAAUACCGACAGGAGGUUCUACGGGAGUUCGGAUACGACGAGAUGGAAGAUCUGGGUUCUGACUAAAAGUUCUUUUUUGAAGAUGAAACGUGUGCUCAAGGUGAAACUCUGCUGUGGUAGGAGAAUGCACCAUGGGAACAGCCAGCUGCAGCUGGCAGAUCUCAAACAGAUGGGUGUCAGUGUGGCCACUUGACAACACAGAUUUUUGUUUGAAGCACAAGUGUUGUACAGAGGUUCUGAAGGAACUUUUUUUUCCCCCAAAGCUCCCUGCCCAAGCAUUUGUACCUGUAGUGCCCAUACCUCCAUGUCAUACAUGUAUGACCUCCACGUCACAUGGAGGUGCUGUUGGAAGCAGCCCUUCUGGUCAUGGCUGAUGUGCCAGGUUUCACAAGAAGAUCAGUGUGUCUGCCCUGAUGGCAAGUGAAGUCCUUGAGAAAGGCACUGUCCUAGUGCUCUCUACUGUUUUUGUUUCUAAGUGUAAGUGACUUUCUUUACAAGUGUUGGAGCAUAUGAAAUGCCCUGACCUGUCCAUUGCUCUCCCAGUAGUUGAACAGUGCAUGCUUAAAUUGUAAAUAAAAAUGUUCUGACUAAGUUUUCUGUACUAACUUAAAGAUCAUAAGAAGCUGGUACAGCAUAAGCCACACCAUCUUAACUUGCAUUUAUACACCUUUAAAACCAUUUAAUCCUCUGUGUUUGAACACACCAAGUGUUUCAGCACUAUCCUCCUGGAGUCUGUAAUGAAUGGCUGAUAGGAUGUGAGAUCAAUGUCAUGCAAGAGCUUUAGGCUGCAGCACUGGCUUUAGGCCAGUUAGUUCUGACUGGUAAAGUCAGAGUAGUGGAGGCAAAAUUUUUUCAUUGUUGGUUUCAGAGCAAGGUUAUCUGGCCCCAGAUAACCUUUGUUACCUUUGCCACGACCCGUGCCUGUUGAAGCUCUGCUUGUUCACUGGACAGAUGGCUCAGUUGGGUACUGAAUCUAUUCCAACCAUAUACGAGAUUAAAAAGCUGGAUUAAAAUGGCUAAACUAUAGUUUUUAUUUAGUAGUGAAAAGACCAGACAUGUUUUAUGCACAGUUGGCACAUAACUUCCUCAGCUAGAAUUUAACUCCCUUAAAUCCCAGUGCUGCUCCAUAAACGUAUCCCAGGGCUCCCUUUGAUGUUAGUCUUCACCAUCCACCACCAUGUGCCCUUCUCUGCACUUUUUAAGAUAACCUUGGUCAUGGGGGCAGUGCAAAAAUCCAAAUAUUCCCACUGUUAUUCAAGUGGCUGAUGCAAAUGUGGUGCACCAUUAGAAGUGUGCAUUGCUUCAGCCAUAAUCUGAUUACAGGAUUUAGUUCAGCUCAAGUGCACAAAACAGUACCUGUGGCCAAACUCAGAUCAACUGAGGGAGACACUCUGAACUAAGGUAAAGAUUCCAGGUUUGUUUCUGAAGUACAUCUCACUCUUGUAGCCAAAGAGGCUGCUGCUUCUUGCCUUUUGCUGCACUAAAAUUCAGUAUUACAGGUGUCCUGAGGUCAGGCUUACAGCUAUGGAAUUACAAAUAUUACUCAUUAGCAUGUCUGUGCUGCAGUAGUACUUUUACUUCCAUUUUUAUUUCUACUUUCUCUUCCUGCUGCUUAGCUUUCAGGAUCUAGUUUUUGCCACAGAACUUCUGCUAGAGAGGAAAAAAAAAGAAAGUGGUUUCUUCUGUGAGGUAGUCUUUUUCUGGUGAGCAGUACUGAUAGUAAUAAAGGGAAUUUUCUGACUGCUGA